AUGGUACGCCAACAGCGGUACGAUGCGCGCAUUGUGGCCAUCUCGCACUUCUAUGCCGAACAAGGCAAAAGGGUCCUGAAGAAAGAAAUUGUUGAAAAAGGUCUUACAUUGUCGAAGGAGGAGUUCAUGGGCAUUGCUCCCAAAUGGGUCGAUGGACGAGACGAUGGAUGGGCGGCAUUGGUGGACUUGUGGGUCGGGGAAGAUGCGGAGUUCAUGGCCCAAAGCAUGAAAAAUAGGGAGAAUCGUGGCAAGGAUGGAACGCACAAUGCAGGAAACCGGUCCCAUGAUCGCUACAAGGCGCACCAGGAGCAAGUUCAUGGGAAGCCGCUUACUAAGUUAGGAGCCUGGAAGAUGUCGCAUAAGAAGACGAAGGUCGACAAACCUGGAGAGGAGCAAUACUAUGGUAAGUCUGGCACAUACUUGCAAAAUUACGCGACGGCGUUCAAAAAACUGCAUGGGGAGGAUUCUUAGCCCCUUGAGGAGGAGGUCGACGAGACGGUGGUGAUCGUGUCAGGGCUCGGCAAGCGGCAUGGCCGCCAUCAGAUUCUUGAUGGGGUGAUCGCGCCUACCACCACACUCACACAAGUUCGAGCUUCUAGCAUGAGCAGCAGUCAGUUGAUCCCACCUCGUCCACAGCCCGGUGGAUCUAGGCAGGCCUUCGAUACUUCUCUGGACGAGGCAUACGAUAGGCUCUAUGAGAGUUAUGACGAGAAGCUUGAGGAGUACGUGAAGUCGGUUGAAG